UGUGGAUAAGACAAUGUUACACUAAUUUGAAUGUUCUCUACUAUAUAAAACCCUCCAUCAAAAAUAUCUUAAUUCUCGUGUACUUUUGCCCUUUGUUUUCUUUCUUCUAUUCCUUUCUUUAUUCUCUUUGUUUUUUCCAUAACUAGCUACACCAACACAAUGCAUCACAGUCACCAAUACCCGCUUCCUUGUUUGUAUUGCCACCCACAUAGCUAUAUUAGGAUGGUUCAGAAUCUCAUUGAGAGGUGCAUGCUGUUUCACAUGAGUCAAGAACAGUGCAUAAGGGCUCUGGCAGAACAUGCAGGGAUUAAACCACUUGUUACUGUUACAGUGUGGAAAGAGUUGCAAAAGGAGAACAGGGAAUUCUUUAGAGAAUAUUUGCAGGUUGUCACUCCCAGACCAUCCAUAAGUAGAUAUUUUCAAAGGGCAUCAAAAUUGGCUAGAAGAAAGCACUGGAAGAUGAAGUGAAUGUAGGCUCAUGAGUAAUCCUACAAGGGAAAAGUGAGCUAGAUUUCUCUGUUACCAUUUAGUGAAAGAUGGAUCAGGGAAAUAUUAGCAAUGACUAAUCAUUGCAAUAAAGUUACUAAGCCUAAUUUUGUGGGCUUCCCUCUCUAAUGGUUUGUGGGUGCAGACUCUUCUUCUUGCCACAUAUAGCGUGUGUAGUUCUUUAAUACAAGAUGCUUUUCUGGGAAGCAUUAAAGAAUAAAAUUGUACCAUAGUCGCAUUAGGUUUAACUUUUGGUGUAUAAGAAUGCAAUAUGUGAUUAAAGUCUUUUACA